AUGUAUUUGAAGUAUUAUCUUGACGACAGAGGCAAACGAGUGUAUACGUUCCAAGAAUUUGAUCCAUCCGGAAACCCGACAAAAUCCGCGCAUCCGGCACGUUUUUCACCAGAAGAUCAAUUCUCUCAAUACCGAAUAAUUACGAAGAAACGUUUCGGUCUAUUGCUGGCAGACCAAGCGACGGCCAAUCAGCCGAAUAUACUCGAAUCUGAAAAAUCUUUUGGUCAUUCGAAGAAAAUCAAAUCGGAACCUAAGUGA